AUGGCUUCACAAACCUACUAUCUACCUCGCGGUUCGCGGAUCCUGGUGACUGGCGCCAAUGGCUUCAUUGGAAGUAAUGUUGUCCAUAGCCUGCUUGAACUAGGGUUCCGGGUGCGCGGAACCGUCCGCUCGGCCAAACCAUGGCUCGAUGAGAUGUUCCGGGAUAAGUUUGGGCGGGACUCAUAUGAGUCUGUUGUUCUGGCUAACUUUGAGGAUUUGGAUGCUCUGGUUGGGGUUAUGGAUGGUGUAUCUGGGGUGGCGCAUGUGGCAUCAGAUGUCACCUUCAGCUCGAAUCCAGAAGAGGUUGUGCCGUGGGUAUUGAGAGCUACUCAUAAUGUACUCGAGGCUGCAUCGAGACAUCGUGAUAUCCGACGGGUUGUCAUGACCUCUUCUGCGGUCGCGGCGUUGUUUCCAGAGCCGAAUAAGCAGGGUAUUGUUGUUCGAGAGGAUACCUGGAAUGACGAGGCUAUCAAACAAGCAUAUAAUCCAGAUGCUCCAGAGAAGUUGAAGGGUAUGUUUGUCUAUGCUGCCUCCAAAGCCGAGGGAGAGAAGGCAGCCUGGAAAUGGAUGGAGAAGAACAAACCGGGCUUCCAAUUCAAUACUGUGUUGCCGUAUUUUACCCUCGGGAGAAUCCUGCACGAAGAAAUCCCCGGCUCGACAUCGGGCUGGGUCUCCGGCCUACCCAAGGGAGAUACACGUAUUUUUGACUCAUUUGCGCCGCAAUACUUCUGCGAUGUUAUCGACAUCGCGCGUCUCCACGUAGCGGGCCUGCUCGACGCAAAUACGGUGUCUCGGCGACUCUUCGGAUUUGCUGCUCCAGUGAACCUCACUGAUCUGAUCUCAGUUGUUCGAAAGCUCCGACCUAAUAAUACUCUGAUUCCUGAACCUCCAGUUGACGAUGGACAUGAUCUGAGUGAAGUUAUCCCCGCCAAGGAAGCGGAAAGGCUUUUACGGGAAUUCUGUGGGCGGGAAGGGUGGACGUCGUUGGAGGAGAGCAUUGCACAGGGACUUGAGGUAUCUCGGAAGAGGUUGUCUUCGUUAUAG